UCUUGCAAAAAUCAAAUCUAAUCUCCAUUAUUAAGCUCUGUCGUUAAUUAAUGGAGGAUAAUGAGGUUAAUCUGUCUAUUAAUGGGCAGUCUCAGAUCCCUCCAGGCUUCAGAUUUCAUCCCACGGAAGAGGAACUCCUCCGCUAUUAUCUCCGAAAGAAGAUUUCCUACGAAAAGAUCGACCUCGACGUCAUUCGUGAGGUCGAUCUCAACAAGCUCGAACCAUGGGACAUUCAAGAGAGAUGUCGAAUUGGUUCGACGCCACAGAACGAUUGGUACUUCUUCAGCCACAAGGACAAGAAGUAUCCGACAGGAACAAGGACUAACCGAGCGACAGUGGCCGGGUUCUGGAAAGCGACGGGACGAGACAAGAUCAUAUACAGCGGUCUCCAAAGGAUCGGAUUGAGGAAAACACUCGUGUUCUACAAAGGAAGAGCUCCUCAUGGUCAGAAAUCUGAUUGGAUCAUGCAUGAGUAUAGGCCCGACGAUAAUUCUGUCGCCCGGACAACUAAUAACGGUUUUGAUGUUGUCACUGGUGACUCCAUGAACUGUAGCGAAGAUGGUUGGGUCGUAUGUAGGGUUUUCAAGAAGAAGAACUAUCAGAAGAUCACAGAUUCUCCUAAAAUUAGUUCAUCUCCUCUUAAUCCCGAGAAGCCGAUGUUUCGCAAUCAAAACGGAAACGUUUUGGAUCAGAUUCUUCUCUGCAUGGACAGGACAGGUUCCAACAUUUGCGGAAUCGAGAACCAGAUUACGAACGACAACCUAGGACUGUUCGGUUCGUGCCACGAAAACGCAGAAGACGUUCUCUUGCAUGAGAGUUUCAUGCAACUUCCACGUCUAGAGGCACCCAAGUCCGAAAACCACCCGGUCGAUGAGAACCGGUUAGGCAAGUCACCGGUCCAGGGGGAGAGGACCGGGCCGGUUAGUGAUUGGGCGAGUCUUGACCGGCUCGUGGCUUGGCAACUGAACAAUGGUCAUCAUCGAACGGUCGACAUGUUCUAUCGUAACAAAUCUUUUUCGGAUGAUCAUCCGAAUUUUGAAGAAUAUGGUAAUAAGAUUCAAAGAUUGGACCUCCAAUGGCAUAACAAUGAUGAAGACAUCGAUAUAUGGAGUAGUCUCACUGAGUCAUCGUCCUCUCUUACGUCUUUAGACCCUUUGGGGCAUUUGUCUGUAUGAUUAUACUAUAUAUGUAUCAAGAUAUAUAUAUAUAUAUACACACAUAUAUACCCACACGCAUUUA